AUGCAGUUCCUGACCAAAGAGUAUACAAUGCUCCAUCAGUUGAUGAAGUUGCUGUAUCCUAUUUUAUUUCCAAGAGGUGAGUGUGGUUGGACUCAGGGACUCAAGAAAAAGACAUGGGGAGGAAGGCAACAAUCAACUAAACAGGUUGAUCCUGUUAUCUCAUGUGUUGUUCAUACUACAGAAGAGUUACUUGUAGAAGAAGAAUCACGUGCUGCAAGACGAAACACAAAAGCAGACAAAUAUGUGUCAGCUAGAGAAUACUAUGCUUAUAAAUUACAAAUAAGGGGUGAUAAUAUGCUGCUCCGGGCAGGGAGAUGUUUACAGCAAUAUAUAGUUGAUAUGGUUGUAUUACCUCCUACAUAUAUAGGAGGACCACGAGAUAUGAAGAAGCGCUAUUUUAAUGCAAUGGCUUUGGUUCAAAGGUUUGGAAAACCUGAUCUGUUUGUAACAAUGACGUGCAACACAAACUGGCCUGAGAUCAAAGAUGAAUUGGGACCUAAUGAGCAACCACAAGAUCGGUCUGAUUUAGUAGCACGGAUUUUCCAUGCUAAAUUAAUUGCAUUGAAAAAGGAAAUCAAAGAGAAAAAGUGCUUUGGUGAAGUAGCUGCUAUGAUAUUUGUGGUUGAAUUUCAGAAACGAGGACUUCCACAUGCUCACUUCCUGAUCAUUUUAAAGCUAGAGUUCAAGCUGAGAUGUAUUGAAGACUAUGACAAAUUUGUAUCUGCAGAAAUACCUCCUACUACAUCUCCCGCACUUCGGAAAAUUGUACUAAGACAUAUGAUGCAUGGUCCUUGUGGAAGCUUGAAUCCUAAAUGUACAUGUAUGCGCAAAUCAGGAACGAAAGAAUCUUGCAAAUAUGGUUACCCUAAACAGUUCUGUGAUGACACCGUUGUAAAUAAAGAAGGAUAUCCUUUUUACAGGUGCAAAAACACAGGAGAAAGUGUUAAAAUAAGAAAUGCCCAGUUGGACAAUCGAUGGGUCAUACCAUACAAUUCAUACUUAUCUCUGAUGUUUGAUAGCCAUAUAAAUGUUGAGGUCUGCUCAACUAUUAGAGCAGUUAAAUAUCUGUAUAAAUAUGUGUAUAAAGGUCAUGAUCGAAGCCAAUAUAACAUUGUACCUGAAAAUGAUAAUGUGGUUGAUGAAAUUAAAUAG